CGGUGACUACCGCACCGAAGCAGCCAACAAGCACGUCUUCAAGUGCCCCCGUGCAGUCCAUGGCCUUCCGGCGGAGCCCCUCCGCACAGACCGCCCUCCAGGUCCUGGCACUUACACACUGCCCAGGCUGAUGGGGCCCAACACAGCCUACACAUCGGCCAGCCCCUGCUACUCCAUGAGGGGAAGGAGCCAGCGUGGUCGCUUUGACGAGGACCUUGCCAAGACUCCAGGUCCUGCGGCGCUCCGAGUGGCCGUGGAUGUGUACAAGAAAAGGGCGCCCGCAUACACCAUGGCAGCCCGACCAAAACAUGGAGAGGGCAAAGCAGUGAAGCCCGGGCCGGCAGACUACAACGUAGGCCAGGUGACGCUGAUCAAGCCCCAGGCGCCUGCCUCCACUUUUGGGAUCCGGCAUUCCCUCUACACAACCCCCCUCAUCGUGGAAUAAGACAGCACAGUCUGGAAGGCCGUUGGGGGAGAAGAGAGAGUAGCCAACAUCCAGUCUCCUUCUGAUCCCAUUUCCCUUCAUCCAGUUGGGCUUUUGCCCGUUAUACUAUUAGAUGUUAGUGUUAGGAGUAAGUCAUUAAUAAAUUAAUUAAAAACCUUA